AUGAGUGAUUCAGCAUCAUCUGAGGAUUUCCCGUCGCCGCCCACGGUGGACAUCUUCUACCUCACCUUCAAUGCUGGCAAAGAUUUCAUUUCGAGUACAGUUUUUGGUAAUCACGUAUACAAUGCCUUCAAGGAGAGCAACGUUGGCACCACGUUUCUCCCAGAGCUGGUUGCAUUCUCUCUGCAGGAGCUCGCUCCUAUUGCUGACGCGUUCCGAGGAGGUUACUGGCUGAAUCCAUACGUUGCGUGCUAUGAGGCUGCCCUCAACCAUGCGACUGCCAAGUAUAUCGCCGACGAGGGUCGCCGGGAUCACCGCAAUGGAAAUGUAUCCCAUGUAUCGCCUAGGCCUUACACUCUGGUCAAGUCGUGCAAUGUCGGUAUGACCGGCAUCAUGCUCUUUGCUCAAGACCCUACCGCUGUGAGCAAUGUCCAGAUGGCCGAGACGGGCUUUGGAGCUGGCGACAUGGCAAACAAGGGAGCCGUCGGUCUACGUCUUGACUUUGAAAAGGACAACAAAACCACCGAGCUUACCUUUGUCAGCACACACCUGGCUGCAAUGGAGUGGAAUCUGGAACGGCGAAACAAGAAUUGGGCCAGCGUUGUCAGCACCUUGGUGUUUGGUGAUCCAAAGAAAAUCGUGGCUGCCGAUGAAAGCAGACAUAGGUCGGACGGCGUGUUUAGUGAAGACCAACCACUACUGUUUCAUUCCGACACGGAGAAGCAGCUCCACGACAUUAGCAUCUACAAGCCGGGCAGCCAUUUGUUUGUGGCUGGUGACUUGAACUACCGCAUCUCCCAGACUACGCCGCCCGAGAAUGCCGUCUUUCCAGAGUUGGACCCCGACAGCCCUCACCACUACUCGAGAUUCUUGGCCCGUGAUCAGUUGAUGCUUCAACAAUAUCAAGGAAACACCUUGCAUGGCCUGUCCGAAGCACAGAUUGACUUUCCUCCGACCUACAAGCUGGACAUAAAAGACAAGAAGUCUGGUUCGAGAUCACGAUUUAGCAGAGAUGCGGAAGAUGACGAGGUCGACUGGACAUUUGCAACACACCGCUGGCCAGGAUGGUGCGAUCGCGUUCUCUAUAUGGAGGUGCCCUUGUCAAAGAAAAACCCCAAGCCCGAAGAGUACAAGAUCAAGGUGCUGAAAUACGACUGCUUGCCGCCCGUCCGAACCAGCGACCAUCGGGCAGUAUAUCUAAGGUUGCGUGUCCCUGUGCUCUCGACAGAGGAGCUCACGCCACCUAGCGAUUCUCAGUACACCGCGCCUGGCAAUAUUGUGGAUCCGAGAAUUCAGCUUCCCCUGGCUAUUGAGCCUGAAGCCUGGCAGCAUCGGAUGGCUGUAAAGAAAUGGGAACACUUCAUAGGUUGGAGCAUGGCCAUUGGUCAAUCCAAGCAGACCAUCCUGAUUGCCUCGACGCUGUUACUGCUUGGUAUCAGCAGCUGGUAUUACAGAAGCCGAACAGCCUCUUAG